UGCUUUUGUCGACCGCGCCAGCAACAUUCCUGAACUGAGAUGGGACGUACAGCACUCGCGUGCGACGCUUGUCGCGAGAGGAAGCGAAAGUGCGAUGGUCACCAGCCUGUCUGCAAGGCAUGCAGAAACUACGGAUCCCCUUGCCUGUACGGCAGAGAAUCACACCGAAAGAGGAAAAAAUACUGGGACCGGGAUUACGUACAAUCCCUCGAGAACCAGGUCCGCAUACUAUCGACACAGACUGCGACCAAUCGACACGAGGAUAAUGAAAGCACCGAGAGUGUUUGCGACCCUACAACUUCGCGGGCAACAGAUACGACUGGCGCGAAUCUUUGCCUGUCUCCAAGAGCUCUGACGGAGUUUACGUCACUCACCUGGCCGAAAUAUCCCGGUUUUAGCGAUGAGCCGAUUUUUGUCGGCCCAGGAUGCUUCAAUAAUCCGUUCGGAAAGUCCUUGGUCGCAUUCGAGAUUCCCGCUGUUGAAAUAGACUCCAGAGAAACUGUGACUGUGUCUCACCUUUCACAGGAUGCAGAGCUGAAAGAACAUCUGAAAAAGGUAUUCCUGGAGAAAAUCAACAUUUAUUACAACUUUGUCGAGGAGCCAUGGUUACAAUUCUCUGGUCUUUUCCCAGAGAAUGAUCUUGCGCUGCAGUUCCUCUACAGUACCAUCUUCGGUAUUGCAGCACACUGCUCAACUCGCACAUCCCAUAGGGAAGCUGAGUGCUUCAUCAAUUAUGCCGAGAGCCUCGUAUCUCAAUGUUGUCGGGAGCACCCUUGUAUCUCUGUAUUGAGGGGGCUGGUCAUCCUGAGCUGCUACAAGAAUGCGGUUCUUGACUGUUCUCAAGGUUGGAUAUACCAUUACAUGGCCAUUGGAAUGUCGAGUACGUUGAACGUGGACCAGAGUCAUCCCUCGCCAGCAGAGAGCACGAAACCACUGGACAUGGCUGCACGAGACACGAGGGUGAGAACUCUCUGGACGCUACUGUUCGUCGACGGACUCGGCACUCCCACCCUUGGUGCCAAUGUCCGCAUGCUCUGGGACAUGAGCGAAGCACCGAGCUAUCUUUCUACUUUGGCUCCCGGAUCGAUUAGUACUUCGGAUGUCGCAUUCGAGUCGCACUGCCAGCUAGUCCGAAUUCAGCAAAAUCAUCUCGAUCCGAUAUACUCGCCCAGUUUCCGAAACCUGCCAUGGGGGAAGAGAGAAGAUCUUUUCCUUGGAGCAUACAGUGCGCUCACUCUAUUCCGGCAGAAUGUCGACCCCUGCCUGCUACUCACGCGUACCAGUCGACCCGAGCGAUCGCAGAUUACCCUCUGGAUUUCCUACCAUGCAACUUGCAUAUCUCUCCACCGUCGGUAUCUGAGCCCGGCCGACUCUCAAUCUGCCGCCCGCUCGCAGUCGUCACUGUAUGAAAUAAGUGCUGCUGCUAGCGAGAUUGCAAGGCUUCUACAGAAGCUGGAGUCUCUUGGGGAGCUCCACAUGGUUCCUUCCUUUGUUGCCUAUCACGUUUUGCGCGCUGGUCUGGUUCAUGCUCUGAAUAUGACUGGUGGGGGUAAAUUGAGGAGGGAAGCUGCGCGCAGUUUGCGCGUAUGCGUCGCAGCCCUGGAAACGUUGCGCGAUCAUACCUGGCCGGUGCUCUCACAUCACAUAUUGUCCUUUUUCCAUACUACAAUGGCUAGCUGGGGCGUCGACGGGAGCAUGAAGACCGUACCAGCUGGAUGAAUACCAAUACUGUAUUUCGUUUGGGGAACAGCUCAGUCGGCUUGGGGUGCAUCUCAAUGACCAGUCUUUAUCGCUUGCCC